AUGGUUCAUGGCGGCUUCGUCUUCUGCUCCGGGUCAAUCGGCAUGAACCCCCAAACAAACUCGAUUGUCGAGGGAACCAUUGCGGAUAGAACUACGCAGGCUCUCACCAACCUCGGCAAAGUCUUAGAGACGGCAGGUUCAGGCACAGACAAGAUCCUGAAAGUCAACAUCUACGUUACAAGCAUGGAAGAUGUUCCACUCAUGAACGAAGCUUACAUGGCCUUUUUUGCUGAGCCGCGACCAGCCAGGGCCUGUGUGUGCGUUAAGGCCUUAGCCAGGGGUACGGAUGUUGAGAUUGAAUGCACAGGGUUUAUUUGA